UGGUGACUAUAUCAGCUUCCCACUCCAAUUCACAAAUGGAACCUUCCCAAUCUGCCAGAAGAUACUGAAGUGUGGAUAAAGGAAAUUUGGAUUAUAUAGCGUGAUGAUCUUUCAGGAAUGCAAUUGAGUGGGAACAAAGUCAGAAAGUUGGAAUUCUUGAUGGCUGAUGCUGUGGCUAAUGGUGCAGACUGUAUUAUUACUGUUGGAGGUAUUCAAAGCAACCACUGUCGUGCGACUGCUGUGGCUGCAAGAUAUCUGAAUCUUGACUGCUAUCUGAUACUACGCACCUCCAAGGUUCUAGUGGACAGAGAUCCUGGUUUGGUUGGCAAUCUUCUAGUUGAGCGAUUAGUAGGGGCUCAUGUUGAACUUAUAUCAAAAGAAGAAUAUGCAAAGAUAGGCAGUGUGACUCUUGCCGACUUGCUAAAAAAGAGACUAUUAAGUGAGGGGAGAAAACCAUAUGUUAUUCCUGUUGGUGGAUCAAACUCUCUUGGAACUUGGGGCUACAUUGAAGCAAUAAGGGAGAUCGAGCAGCAAAUUCAGACUGGUUCUGGUGAAAUUCGUUUUGAUGACAUUGUUGUUGCCUGUGGCAGUGGGGGAACAAUCGCUGGUCUUUCUCUGGGAUCAAGAUUGAGUAAUUUGAAGGCAAAAGUCCAUGCCUUUGCUGUUUGUGAUGAUCCUGGCUACUUCUACAACUUUGUUCAAGGCCUGAUUGAUGGACUUGAUGCUGGCAUUGACUCACAUGACAUUGUCAAUAUUCAAGAUGCGAAGGGCUUAGGGUAUGCUAUGAACACCAGUGAGGAGCUUAAAUUUGUUAAAGAUAUAGCAGAUGCAACAGGGGUUGUUCUUGACCCGGUUUACAGUGGAAAAGCUGCCUACGGUAUGCUGAAAGACAUGAGUGCUAAUCCAGCAAAGUGGAGAGGGCGGAAGGUUCUGUUCAUACAUACCGGCGGUCUCCUCGGGUUAUAUGACAAGGUUGAUCAAAUGGCAUCCAUGGUGGGGAAGUGGUGCAGGAUGGAGAUAGAUGAAUCGAUCCAACGUAGAGAUGGAACUGGGAAGAUGUUCUGAGUGGCCGAGUGUGUUUUACUUGGAGCUUGUUUCUUGCAAAACACCCAAGACAUCCGGAAAGGCAGACAGCUAGCUACUCGUUGUAAAAUAUUCCUUUCAAAUAAAUAAGUUUUAGAUGCUUUAUUAUUGUGGAAAAUUUAUGGGAUAAGAAGAGCCAUUGUGAGCUCAAUAUAUUUCCUCAGACUUGCAGCCAGAUGAAAGAUUACUUGUAACUAGGAUCGGAAAACAGGUGAUACAACAACUACUUACAAUUUUAAUACUAGGACAGUAGGACUCCA